UGCUCCGCGUGCUCGUGUCUCGUACCUUCAAUAUUUUACGCAGGUUUCGUGGCAACGAUACACCAGCCUUUACGCAUUUCCUGUAUUCGUGUAACCAACGCUCAUCUGCUUCAAGGUGUAACCGACCGUUGCGCCGCGCCCUUGGAACAUGAUGGCGAGCGUAGUGCAACAAUUUCAAGCGGUGUUGUGGAAGAACGUCUGCAUCCAGGGCAUAAAGCGCCACUACGUCACCACUGGGCUGGAGUUCGCCAUCGUGGCCUUGUGCUUCUGGUUUGACGCAUAUAUUAACGCGAAGAGCAGCCCGCUCACCUACACAAGAACCAUCUCCUAUCCACCCAAGGGCCCUUUCCUCAGCGUCAAAAGAAGUCGGACCAUCGUCUACGGACCACCAUCGGACCACACCACAUUUCUGGUCGACACAGCCUUCCCGUUCUCUGAAACUUCACACUUCGGAUCAGCAUCAGACAUAGAAACCAUCUCUGUGGCGUCUUGGGCAGAACUGCUCCGAAAGUGCAAGUCUGACGAUGCCAUCUGCUUCUUCGUCCAUUCCAGCUCCGAUGACGUCAACUUUAACUACACCUGCUAUUUCGUGAUGCGAAAUCACCAGGAAUUCAAUUACAAGAGACAGCUCACAUUCUCGGCCAAAGAUAGAACAACCCCAUUGGAAAAUCAGACAUUUAUGCUUCAAUCGGUCAUAGAACAUGCUCACUUAGAAUGGGUCCGGCGAAGUUUCACGAAUCAGAGUGGCAGUAAAAGCGAACAGUACAGGGUAUACACGAAGCAAUUCCCUCGCCCUUCCGUACCAUCCGACGGAGAAUAUUACCGGAUAGAAAUGGCCAUGUUCCUAGUGGCUGCCUUCGUGGUUCCCUUCUGCGUACACGUCAGCACCAUAGUAGCAGAGAAUGCGUCAGGACUAAAGGAAAUGCUUGGCAUCAUGGGUCUUCACGAAUUCAUUUAUUGGCUUGGUCACUUCUGUACGUUUGCACUGACCAGCAUUAUAUCCUGCGUCGUUGUCCUAUAUUUCCUGGUAAUGUCCAAGUCCUCGGACACAGGGCGCGCCAUUCUCAACAAUGCAGACCCAUCUCUUGUGGCCGUGGCACUCUUCAUGUUCAGCCUCAUGAGCAGCAUGCAUACCAUCCUGGUAGCGUGUGUCUUCAACAGAUCCAGCAUAGCAGUCACAUUCAGCCUCAUCUACUGGAUCCCCUUGACCUACAUCGCUCCAUGGGUUUGGGCCGAAGAAUCGCCGUACAGCAUCUCCUCGUACUUAUUUACGCCGCGCAUCAACAAGCUCUUGUCGAGCGUGACUCCCUGCCUGGGGACCCAUUGGAUCCUCAAGAUAAUAAGCCUCGCCUGUGACGCAGAAGGUGGAGCACGCUGGGAGCUUGUGACCAGACGUGUGCUAGGCUGGGACAAUGUCACUGUACUGGAGAUCUGGUCAGUCAUGGCCGCCACGACUUUUCUCGUUAUCCCUAUGAUGAUAUGGUACCUCACACGAGUCCUGCCUUGGGUGACCGGUAUACCGCAGCCCUUUUACUUUCCGUUCAUGAUAUCUUAUUGGAGACCGCCGUCAUCAGCAACAUCGUUUCGCGUGCCAACCAACAGGUAUUUCGAAAAGCCGCCAAAGAACCUCGAAGCUGCAGUAAAUAUUAGGGGCCUAAGGAAGCACUUCGGAGCCACUGUGGUUCUGGACGGGAUCGACUGGAAGUUCUACAACGGCGAAAUCACGGUUCUUCUCGGCCAUAACGGUGCGGGAAAGACUACGCUGAUGAACAUUUUGACAGGCCUCACGCCUCCAACCGAUGGAUCGGUCACCAUCUGCGGCUACGAUAUAGUAAAAAACACGAGGCUUGCUCGGAAGAAUAUUGGACUGUGUCCGCAAUUCGACGUAUUUUUCGAUGAUCUCACUGUCUGGGAACACCUUGUCUUCUUCGGAACGGUUAGGGGAAUAUCACGCUGGAAGCUGAAAGGAAGAGCUGCCCACGUGAUCAAAAUGGCAAAUUUAAAGGCCAAGGCCAAGCAUCUGGCUAAAACACUGUCGGGUGGCAUGAAGAGAAGGCUCAGUGUCGCCAUAGCAACGAUUUCUAGACCAAAGGUCAUUGUCCUUGACGAACCGUCUUCUGGGUUGGAUCCAGAAACACGGAGAGAAAUGUGGGACCUGUUUCUGGGCAUGCGCAACAAAUGCAGCCUACUACUGUCAACGCACGACAUGGAAGAAGCUGAUGUACUCGGAGAUCGCAUUGCGAUUAUGUCUCAAGGCAAAAUACGUUGUUGGGGUGCACCAGUUUUCCUCAAGAAAACGUUCGGAACGGGCUAUCAAAUGUCCAUUGAAAAGAUGCAGACGGGACUAAGAGCGGACGACAUCCUAGCCGUGAUCCAACGAACCGUCCCCGAAGCAGAAAUCACGAGCAGAACCUUAAAUGGCAUCAAGGUAUCACUACGCGUAAAUGAGAUUACGGGAUUCCAAGAGAUGUUUGACACCCUUGAGAGGAAUAGUAAUCAAAUGGGCAUAAAGAACAUUGGUGUGUCAAUAUCUACGAUGGAAGACGUCUAUAUCAAGGUUAACCUCGAAGAAGGCAUUGAUGCCAUCGGUUCGGCUGAAGAAGUCGCAGAGAUAGACCUCAAGCAAGUCUGUGGCGUUAAAUGCCGCAAGCCAACAGCGCGACAAAGAUUCGGGGCUCUACUUUCAAAUCGUUGGCUUCACUACAGACGUGUCUGGCCCACUCCGCUAGUCGGCAUUCUCGUGCCGCUGCUUAUCUUCUGGUGCGACCUUGCCCUGGAACAGAUAUUCGCUCAUACAGCCGAUCGGUCCCUUGGGACCACGGUAGGAGGAGCACUGCACGCUAAAUUAGGGGAGCUUUAUCCCUCGGCCGGAGCCUUCUUACAAUACGAUGCAUCCAGCGAACACUUCACUGAGGGGACUUACAGACCUCUGGUCGAAAGCGAAGUUUCGUCUGUCAAUGUUUUCUAUGAUGCUGAAGCCCAACUGUUGGACCUUGGAAAUAAGAAUUUCGAGACCUUCGUGGAUACAUAUAUACUUGGGGCGUCCAGUACUGGUCACACGCUCUACGCUUGGUGGAGCCCUUACUACGAGUUGAGCCGAACCUUAUCCCUCAACUUGCUGAACACAGCGCUUCUCCGAACAUACAGCGGUGACCCUCUGGCGCACAUGUCACUUAGCACCGUGGUGGAAGUAAACGAGGACGCCCCAGAAGCCACUCUUCCACAGGCGCAGCUCUCUGUACUGGGCGUAUGGAUACGCCUUGGUCUGCGCCUCGUGUUCUUUCCUUUAGGCUCUUCCUUCAUCAUUGCUGCCGCUGUGUUAUUCCCUGUGCUGGAAAAGACCAACCAGUGCAAGAGUCUUCAGCUGAUGAGCGGUAUAUCGAGCACGCUGUUUUGGUCGUCGCACCUUUUCUUCGACACUAUUCUGUAUGUCCUGACAUGGAUCGCCGUGAUGAUUUUAUACAGCACGUACACUCCCAUAUUACCGGAGACAGGAAUGGCGGCGCUUGCGUGGGCCAUCGCUUCAGCAUUUCUAACCAUCACUCUAACCUACUGCUUCUCUCUUGGAGUUGAAACUCAGUCGCGUGGCUUCACAGCUCUGGUGCUGCUCUAUUCAGUCGGAGGUUUGUUUUCAUCAAUGUUUGUGCUUGCCUGCCGCGCAGUGCGCAAAUGGGUCUAUGCAAGGACGGCAGUCUCAAUGCUUCCGUUCUUCAUAGUGCCGUACUCGCUGAUAAAACUCUUGGAGAUCAACUUCAGCAUGCACAUAUGCAUAUCUCAUUAUCACCGUAAAACUGACUCUGGUAACCUCUUGGACACGGUCUGCGAAGAUAAAGGGUUCAUAAGUGCGUCACCUGGAAUGACAUACUGCUGCGCACAGAACAAAGCUAGAAAAGGAGCAGACGAGAUUCUGCAAAGUCCCUUUACAUUGGACGACGAGGGCAUCCUAUCGGAGCUCAUCAUUAUGCUUCUCGAAGGCCUACUCGCCUACAUCUUCAUUUGCGUUGCCGAUUCUGGAGCCCUGUAUACGAGUCAUACUUCAACGAGCGAGCCAGCUAAAGACGGAGACGUAGAAAGGGAACGCAAGUUGGUCGACCGUCUCUACAGUCGCAAGAAGUUCUCCGCGUACAGUCUGGUCGUGCGGAACCUUCAGAAGGAGCUCGGCACGCUGCGGGUGAUACGGGGUCUGUCGUUCACGAUAAACCACGGAGAAUGCUUCGGUCUCCUGGGAGUUAACGGAGCGGGGAAGACGACCACAUUCCAGUUGUUAACUGGGCUCAUGCAACCGACCAGCGGUGAGGCAUACAUGGACGGGCUUGUCAUGAGCAAACAUCAAAGACAGUGGCAGUCGAACAUUGGCUAUUGCACACAACAAAGAGGGCUCCAUGGGAAACUGAAUGCAUACGAAAGCCUGUUCCUGUACGCCCGCCUUCGUGGAAUUCCCGAAAAGCAACUACCGCCUCUGGUCGAAAGUAUGAUCAGAGUGGUGGACCUUGUUCCACAUGCGCACAAUAUCGCAGAGUCUUACAGUGGCGGAAGCAAGCGCAAGCUGUCUAUGGCCAUUGCAAUGAUCGGGCUUCCAACGCUUGUAUUCCUGGACGAACCAACAGCGGGAGUAGAUGUCGUGGCCCGCAGGAAAAUAUUCGCUGCUGUGCAGGACAUCCGGGAAGAGUCGGGCAUUUCCAUCAUCCUUACUUCACACAGCAUGGACGAAUGCGAAGCCGUCUGCGAUCGUAUCGCGAUCAUGGUGGAAGGCCAGUUCCAGUGCCUCGGCACACUGCAGCACCUGAAGCGCAAGUUUGGCCGCGGCUGUCUGCUUACGGUCAAGGUGGCUGACAAGGACGAAUCGCUGCGGACUAAGAUGGAAACUGAGAUAGGCAGCGCUUUUCCCGGGAUUCACCUCAAGGAAUACCAUCAGGGCGUAUUCGAGUACCAGAUGGAUAAGAGACUGGAAUGGAGUCAGCUCUUCCGCCGCAUUGAGACUCUGCAGAAGCAGUUCAACUUCGAGCACGUUCUCGUUUCGGACACGAGCCUGGAGCAGAUAUUCAUUUGGUUUGCCAAAAAGAAUCAACGUGAUGUUAAAGUGGAUGGCGGUGCCACGCGGGACACUGGAUGCAGAGUAAUGUCUCCCGCAUAGUGCUGCAAUAAACAUUGU